GUGUUAUUUUUGCACCUUAUGGCCCUGUCUGGAAGCAACAGAGGAAAUUCUCUCUCUCAACACUGCGUCAUUUUGGAGUAGGAAGACAUAGCUUGGAGCCUAAAAUAAUUGAGGAGCUGAAAUUUAUAAAGGAAGAAAUGCUGAAGCAUGGAAAGGAUCCAUUUAAUCCCUUUCCGAUCAUUCGCAAUGCAGUGUCCAAUGUUAUCUGUUCCAUGGCCUUUGGCAGGCGUUUUAACUACGAAGAUGUUGAGUUCAAGACGAUGCUGAAGAACAUGGCCCGCGCACUGGAGCUAAGCGUGAACAGCUCUAUGAUCCUGGUCAAUAUCUGCCCUUGGCUGUACUACCUUCCCUUUGGGCCUUUCCGGGAACUUAGGAAAACAGAAUUAGAUAUUACUGCUUUUCUAAAGAAAAUAAUUGCACAGCACAGGGAUACACUGGAUGCAGCAAAUCCCAGGGACUUCAUUGAUAUGUACUUCAUCCAUGUGGAAGAAGAAAAGAACAACAAGGAGAGCAGUUUUAAUGAAGACUACCUAUUUUUUAUCAUUGGUGACCUCUUCAUUGCAGGCACAGACACUACUUCCAACACGUUACUGUGGUGCCUGCUCUACAUGUCUCUCUACCCAGACGUACAAGAGAAGGUUCAUGCAGAAAUUGAAGCAGUUCUAGGACGUGACAAAGUUCCCUCUCUUACCCACAAGGCUCAAAUGCCCUUCACAGAGGCAACCAUUAUGGAAGUGCAGAGGAUGACUGCGGUUGUUCCCCUUUCUAUUCCUCGUAUGGCCUCAGAAACUGCUGUGCUGCAGGGAUAUAUUAUUCCUAAGGGCAGUGUGAUCAUACCCAACUUGUGGUCAGUACACAGAGAUCCUAACAUUUGGGAGAAACCAGAUGAAUUUCAACCAUCGAGAUUUCUGGAUGAAAACGGCCAGCUAAUUAAGAAAGAGGCAUUCAUUCCUUUUGGAAUGGGUAAACGUGUGUGCAUGGGAGAGCAGUUGGCAAAAAUGGAGCUGUUCUUAAUUUUUGCAAGUCUAAUGCAAAGUUUUACCUUUUUGUAUCCUGAAAGUGCUGCAAAGCCAUCUAUGGAGGGAAGGUUUGGCCUAACUUUAGCUCCAUGUCCGUUCAAUAUAAUAGCUUUGAAGAAAUGAUAUAACAUCAAAAAAGAUUAAAGAAAGAAAUAUUGCACUUUUAAAAUCCAGCUUUGUUACCAGCUUAUUUUGUUACUGUCUUUCCAGAAAAACACCAGCUGCAUAGGCUUUCAUAGUCAGCGAGAAUGAUCCAUUUGCACUUCUGGAAAGAAAAGAUUUUUUUGUGUCAGCUGUUGCAUUCCACAAAUGAACUGACAGCAUAGUUUGCAAUUUGAUAUUAAAACUUGCUGGGCUUAACCCUUCUGUCUAUAAGCUAUUACUGUCAGUUUGUCAAAUAAUAAUUAUGGGAGAAUGG